AUGUCGCAGAACAACUCUAAACCCCCUAUCAUCAUCACUCACGACAGGGCUAAUGCCUUCAAAACGCAUGAAAUGGAAGUCACCGAUGGCUACAACAUCAUCGACAAUGUCUCCACCUUCACAAGCCGCCACCAAAAAGGCAUAUGCAUCAUGAGCGGCACCGGAACCGCCCCCAAAAAGGCAUAUGUGCCUUCAGUCUCGCCAACUGCUACCACCUUGACCAUACCUAGUGUAGGACAAUGGUUUCUGUUGUGGAAGGAGAGUGCCGGUGAGGAGGGUGGUUGUUGCGGUGGGGGAUUAGGUUGUUGCGAGGGGUCUAUUCGAAGGGGUUUCUUGACGAGGUUUCUAUCGCGGUGUCAUGAGGAUGGUGUGGCGGCAUGA